AUGGCCAACAUCAACAUCGCUUAUGACAGCUUGACAGUAUUUACCGACUUCUUGAUCUUUGUACUUCCACUCAAGUCAAUCUGGGGUCUGAAUAUGAAUCGCGGCAAAAAGAUCGGUAUCAUUAUAUCCUUUUGCUUUGGAUUUAUCACAUGUUUCAUUGCUCUUGCUCGUGUUGUCUUCACACAUGGCUACCAAUGGAAGAAUCUCUACGAUGAAGGAACCGUGUGGUCCCUUGCAGGCGUCGAGCCAGUGGCAGGGAUCAUCUGCGCAUGUCUCCCUGGCCUGCGACCACUAAUGCCCAAGACAUUUAAGAUGACGUCUUAUGGCACUCCGGCCAACCCUAGCAGAUUCAGGACUACUGGCACCACAGUGACGGAUAAUGCUAAGAGGAGUACUAAUAGGGAGCCCAACCCAUUCAGGGUCCUGAAUGACGACAGCUCGGUGACAGAAUUCCGACGAACUGUCAGGGAGGUCCCAUCGAGAUCAGAGAUAAGCGAUGAGUACAUUGAACUUGAAGAGCAGCGGCCCAAGGCUUUUGAUACAUAG